AUAUCGAUAAUAAUGUUACCACCACUAUCUGGCAAUAAGAAAUUGUAUAAUUUCUUGUUUUCAUUUUUGUUGAAUUAAAUUCCUGCCCCACGAGAGAAAAAUCACACACACUGCAAUGUCGCUACGAAUACUGAAGACCUUGGGGCCAGCCACCCUGACUGCUGUCGGGCGGCAGCAGCAGCAGCAGCUAAUCCACACGACGCCGGCGUGCUGCGAAAUUAGGAAACUCGCCCGCCUCCGGGUGGUGGACAACAGUGAUCUUGGCAAGCGGGCCAUGGCCGAGGGCCGGCCACCGCGCUGUAUUCAUGUGUACAACAAGCGUGGCGUUGGCGUGAUCGGCGACAAGGUGCUGGUGGCCAUCAAGGGCCAGAUGAAGAAGGGCAUCCUCGUGGGCCUCAAGCAGAACCAGAAGCCCAAGCAGCCCAAAUUCGACAGCAAUAACCUGGUGCUCAUCGACGACAAUGGCAGUCCGUUGGGCACCCGCAUCCAUGUACCAAUACCCACGGUUCUGCGGACGAUUCUCAAGGAGAAGACGCUGGCCAAGGGAGCGGACUACACCAAAGUUCUGGCCAUAGCCAGCAGAUACGUUUAGAAUCAGUCCUCCUGCCGUCGGUCGGCUUUUUUUGUUUGUUAAACUUGUAAAGAUACGAAAAAU